UGAGACUUCAGUCUAGGGAUGUACUCUCCUUCAUUCCCAGGGUUAUAAAACUGGUUUGCUUCAGCAUCUCUCAUGGUGUGUUUGAAAUUAAAGUCAACUGGGCAAAUAUCUAUUGUGUCCUCAGAAAGCAAAUCUCUGGAAACUAUGCCUUUAAAUGCUUUCCAGUGCUAUAAACUUCCUGUACUACUGUGCCAUUCAGGUCUAUGUAGCAAGUAGUACAAUUAAAUUUUCUUUGCUCUUGCACUGAUUCCUAUAUGAAAAAACAAAAAUAUAUGUGCAGACAAAUAUAUUAGUAAAAUUGAAAAGACAGACCACCUACGGACACAGCUCCAACCCUCAAUACCCAGAGCUUCCUGAAAAGGGAAUUUAAUUAAUCAGUGCUUCCAAAUUUGUCUUAAUAUAAAACCUAGUAUUAGAAAAGCACAUGUGGUUGAUUGUGAGCUCAGUUGUUAUAUCUAAAAGGUGCAUGAAAUGUCGAAAUUAACAGUGUACUACUAUUCAUGCAUUUGCAGCACAAAAAUUUGAAGAAAUAAAUAGUGCAAGAUUGAAAUUGAAGGGGGGAGUGUAAAAUUCUGAGGUGGGUAAAUUUUGCUUGCUAUCCAUUGGAAGGAGUAAUAAGUAUUUUGUAUUUGAACAUUGAUUCAUAUCUGCUACCAGCAUUUUAAGGGAUUGGACAGUUAGCUGCUUUACUAAAACCAACUGUCUGACUGCAGCUUUGGUGUACUUGAGUGUGCAUUUGCAGUUUGAAAGUGUCAUGAUCUCAAUUACAAAAUGAGAGAAAAUCUUUGAAAAGUCUGAAGUGUUGCUGGCUGCAUUAAUCCCAUGCUAGAUCAGAAAGUGCCUUUAAAUAAAGGCAACAAAUUGUGAUUGAAUAAUUUAUUUCCUAAUUUGGAGAAAAUCUUUGGGAGAACAGAAGACUUUCCUAAAUCUAAUUGGUUUUGGACAAGUUUUUAAAGAUCGAUUAGCUACCUGUAAUGUCUGUAGACAGCAAUUGUGCAUUGGUCAAACAACACCAUAACUGGCUUGAUCAGUGCUAGAAUUUGUGAAAUACACAAAUUGUUUCUUAACAAGACUUUGCUUUUUCGAGUGCUUGAAGAUACGAAGCAGAGAGAAGAACAACGAAAAGAAGUGUACAUGCAAAUGCAGGGAAAAAAGUGUUUAAUGUGUUAUGAAGAUGGUGUGUAAACACAAAACAACCUAAAUGUUGAAUUUGAAUGUUAGAUGCAUACCUUGUACUGGCCAGUCUGUUUCUGUUUUCAAGUUCCUCUGGCAUCAGCCUCUAGAGACCCCCUUCAGGGAGUUUUCAAUAAGGUGUGUUAGGGCCACAAUCUCAGUUUUCUGUUAAAAGGUCUGUUUUUUAGAAAAUUCUUUAAUGCCUUGUUCUUUCAGAAUUUUGCAAAUUUGCUGUAAUUUGUUCUUACCAAACAAGGCUGCAUAUGAUUUAAAUGUCAGUACUUGGUUUGGCAUGGUUUGCAGUGCCUGCAGGUCACCCACCAGGUGACCCUGUCAGGAGCAGAGCCCUUCAAAUCAGUCACACCAAAAAGCCCUGGGUGUAGAGAUUGAUUAGUCAUCACCUCCCCAAGACAAGCAGGUCACAAGUCCUGUUGGCUUCGUUAACCCCUCUUCUCUUAGGCUACCUCACUGUUGAAAGGAUUCAUACUUCAAAAUGCACUUUGUGUUUCUUCUGAUGAAGAGCAUGCGUGCGAGAGCACUUUCCCAGGGGCAGGGUGGUGGUGAACUCGUGUAUCCUAGAUAAGAGUGUUGGCUCGGGGGCAGCAGAAUCACAGAAUCAGUGAGGUUGGAAAAGACCUCUGAGAUCAUCGCGUCCGACCUAGGGCCGAUGACCACCUUGUCAACCGGACCAUGGCACCGAGUGCCACAUCCAGUCUUUCCUUAAACAGCUCCAGGGCCGGUGCCUCCACCGCCUCCCUGGGCAGCCCCGGACAGUCUCUAACCACCCCCAGGGCAGAAUUGGCAGCCGCUGUUCCCCAGCGCGUCUCAGCACAGGGGCGGCUGCUGUGUGACCUCCGUCCAGCUGACAGCAUUGCUGUCCGGCCUGGUUCUACAUCGCUGCCCAUCGGGAAACCGCGCGUCUCUUCACGGGGCAGAGGAGGCGUUUUGAGGCUGGAUGAGACCAGCUCCGGCCCCUUCCACCCCCGUGUCCCGUCCUUGCCCGCACCCUGUGGAGCUGUGGCGGCCGGGAGCUGCCCCGCUCCUCUCCCCGGGGCGGGACGGAGGGCGCGGGGCAGCCCUGUCCCGGGCCGUGAGGGCAGCACCGGCGCCUUCGGCCCUGCAGGGCGCUGGGAGAGGGCGGCGAGGACGCCGCCCGGGCUCCGCUCCGCCGCCCCGCCCCGGGCGCAGGUGUCGCACGGGUGGGAUGUCCGCGGUGCCAUGGCGGGGGCUGCGAGGGACACCCCGGCGGGCGAGCAGGAGGGGUACAGGCUCUCGAUGUGCAGCAAACUCUGCUAUGCCAUAGGAGGUGCCCCAAACCAAGUGGCAGGGAGUGCUGCUUCUUUCUUCCUGCAGAUCUACCUGCUAGACAUAGCCCAUAUUACUCCAUUUCAUGCCUCUUUGGUGCUGUUCAUUGGCAAAGCCUCAGGUGCAUUUACUGAUCCUAUUGCUGGCUUUUUUAUUAGCAAAAGUAGAUGGACAAAAAUUGGCCGGCUCAUGCCUUGGGUGCUGGCAUGUACGCCCUUCACCAUGGUCUCCUAUUUUUUAAUGUGGUACCUGCCUCCGUUUGUCUCAGGAAGAGUUGCUUGGUAUCUGACUUUCCACUGCCUUUUCCAAGCACUGACCACGUUAUUCCAAGUACCAUACUCUGCCCUCACCAUGUUUCUCAGCACGGACCAGAAGGACAGAGAUUCUGCAACAGCAUAUAGAAUGACCAUGGAAAUGCUUGGGACCUUGAUUGGAGCUGCGCUUCAGGGGCAGAUUGUGGCCAGUGCUCACGUCUCUCCCCACUGUACUGUGAAUCCCUCAGUAAACACCACUGACUCCUGGCAUGACACUCCCAGCAUUCCAGACCCCUCAGACCCCCUGUCUCAUCAAGCAAAAGUUUACAUGAUUGCAGCAGGGGUCAUAGCAGGUGUGUAUCUUCUUGGAAUCAUCGUUCUUUUUCUUGGAGUAAAGGAAAGGGAUGAUCCUUAUGCCUUAAAUUCCGACAGAGCAAUUCCUUUUUGUAAGGGGCUUGCACUCACCAUGAAGCAUGGUCCAUAUGUGAAGCUUACAGCUUCGUUUCUUCUCAUCUCAACAGCAGUUCAGCUGGAGCAAGGAAACUUUGUCCUGUUCUGCACUCAUGCUGCUGGCCUGCGCAAUCACUUCCAGUAUUUGGUGGUGACCAUCUUGGUGUCAGCAGCCGUGAGUGUUCCCUUCUGGCAGAAGUUUCUGCAGAGAUUUGGCAAGAAGUGUGCAGCAUGUGGGAUUUCGUGGAUGAUUCCUUUUGCAGUCAUGCUAGUGACCAUUCCAAACCUGAUCCUGGCUUACUUUGUGGCCUUCGUCUCUGGUCUGAGCAUUGCAGCAUCUCUUCUGUUGCCAUGGUCAAUGCUGCCUGAUGUUGUUGAUAACUUUCGCCUGCAGAAUCCCCAUGGGAAAGGACAUGAAACCAUUUUCUAUUCUUCUUAUGUUUUUUUUACCAAGAUGUCAGCAGGAAUUGGCUUAGGAAUUUCUGCAGCAGGACUGGAGUUUACUGGGUACAAGCCAGGGAUAUGCAGACAGUCAGAUGAUGUGAUCCUCACACUGAAACUCCUCAUUGGAGCAGUUCCUGCCAUCCUCAUCCUUUUAGGUUUGUUUAUACUCCUUUUCUACCCCAUCACUGAAGAAAGUCGGAAAGAAACAAAGCUUGCCCUUGAAGAGUUAAGGAGGAGCCAUCAAAGCACAGAGAACUUGGACAGCCACAAAAAGGACACUUCUGUCUGAAAGCUCUGAAUGCAGUGGCUUCCCAAAUACAGACUCACACCCCACCAACAAACUCUGGGAGCGUUUUCUAGGCCAUUUCUCUGCUCACAUUUUAUCACAAAGGACAAAGGAUGAUUCUGACAUAGCCAGUAAUGAAAUCAAGAGAGGACACCAUUGUGCAAAUAUACACCUAACUCCAUGCACUGUGCUAGGAAAGGCAUUACACACAUUCAGAAAUGCAAGCUCUUGAAGGCUUGGGGUUUGUUUGUUUGUUUGUUUGUUUUUUUCAGUGUUUAAUGGGAAACUGUGAUCUUGUUAAUGGGAGAUUUUAUGCAUUUGUAACUUAAGGGGAAAAAAAAGUGUAAAUGUGACCAGAGAAUUUUUAGGGUUCUGAAUUGGAAAAUACUCACAAGGAUCAUUGAGUGAAAUUAAUGAUGCACCUUCCAAAUAUUAACUCACAAUAUACUUCACCCUUGGGGGCUGGGGUGGAUUUUGAGCACAAUCUCUACCUAUCAUUUGCACACUAUUGUGUUUGGAAAGCACUUGGGAGCCUGAAGUAUACUAUAUGAAGUUAGGAUUUCUUUUCUUUUGAAAUUGAGAAAAUCACUCAUGCAGACAUAUUUUGAGGAUUUUUGUUUUCAUUUUUUUUGAGAGAUUUUGAGGUAAUCUAUGUUUAUGGAUUCUAUAAGAAAUAGAACCCUGCAUUUCCCAUUACUGAUUUUUCUUUCUUCUGAAACCUGUAAGCUGAUUUCUGUCAGAGAAGGAGAACUUCACAUUUUCAAAAUCAACAUCUCCCCUGAGGAUAAGAAAAAUCAGUAGUCCCUUCCAAAAGGGAAAGAAAUUCAAAUUUGAAUUUGAAAAAAAAUCAAAUUUCUUUAAAUUCUGGCCUUUAAGUAACCACCAUACCCAUUUCUCACAUGGUAUAGGCCCUCUGCCUCACAAAACACCAUGGCAUGGAUAUUAAUCUAAGCUUGCACCUAUUUUGUAAUAAUGAGGCUACACCAGUCUUUUAAAUGGUGAUUUUUUUUUUCUGUCAGGGAUUUUAUAAUGCUUUAGAUACAUCAAUUCAUUUCUACUAUAGAUUUAUACUGUUGAGCACACUUUUAAAAUGGAAGACACACCUAAUCUCAGGCACCUUCUGGAGCACUGAAGUUCGGACCUGUUCAUUCUUGGCUUCUGUGGUCAGUGCAGGUUCCAGAGACUGGCUCCAAGCCUAAGCUGAAAUGGUGGGACUCUGAAGACAUAUCUAAAUCUGGAAGGGAGAGUGAAUAAUUCAAGAGGUGUGUUCACCUUGAAGAAAUUAGCACAAUGCAAGACAAGACAUGAAUUUCAUCCCACUGCCUUCACUGUGUGACUGAGUGCCUUUUUGCUGUACCAGAAGUGCCUUUGGAGGACAGGCUUGCUGCUGUUUGGGAGCACCUGGAAGAAGUUGCCAUCUGUAAUUUGCUCGGGGCCAUCUGGGAAGUGCCUCGCAGUGCUGGACUGGAAAACUGAGAAAUAUUUUGCUGAAGGACACUGGGAUGUAAAAUCAGUGCAACAACAGAGUGUCUCAUUAAGUUUGAUACUGAAACCUUGUCAGGCAAGUUUGAAGAGAAAAGCCUUAUGAACUGUCCUCAAAAUGCUUAAUUAUGAGGGAGCUACUAAGGGUAUAUUUUGAGUGUGUGUGGAUAAGAGUUAACUUCAUUUAAGAUUUCUAUUUACUUGCCGUCUAAGGCUGGGGUUUUUUGUUUUCUUCCUUGUUUCAGUUUUUGGACAAACCAAGAUAUGUAUGCCUGGGGCAUAUGUGUUUACGACAAUAAAAAACAUAAGCCUGUUUACAA